GUUGUAAUGUGUUGAUAUCUGUUGCUUUAAAAUUACACUGAAGAAGUUCACAAACCCGUGCUUAACAUCUCAAGAGCUUUAUUAUCGUCAUAGUUUUAUUUUCACAACCAAAUAAAAGCAUGGCGUCAACAAAAGAGCUUUUACAGAUGGAUCUUUACGCGUUAUUGGGUGUUGAAUCUGCAGCUACACAGAAACAGAUCAAGAAAGCGUACAGACAGAGAGCGUUAUCAUGUCACCCGGACAAAAACCCAGACAAUCCCAAAGCUGCUGAACUCUUUCAUCAGCUCUCUCAGGCUUUGGAGGUUUUGACAGACGCCGCUGCCAGGGCUGCCUACGACAAGAUCUGCGCUGCUAAAAAACAAGCUGAGGAAAGAAACCGAAAACUAGAUGACAAGAGGAAGAAGAUCAAACUCGAUUUGGAGACACGUGAGAAACAGGCAGAGACUCAGAAAAGCGAAGAAGUCAAAAUUAGCCGUACGUUAGAAGAGGAGAUCGCACGUCUGAGGGAAGAAGGUUCAAGAGAACUUCAAGAACAACAGAGACUCGUGCGAGAGCAGAUCCAGAGAGAGACAAACACACACACAGACUCGUCAUCAGGGUGGAAGAACAGCAGUAAUGUGACUCCUAAACUGAAGUUAAAGUGGAAAUGUAAAAAAGACGAUGCAAGCAAUGCAGGAUAUUCUCAAGAGUGUCUUCAAAACCUCUUUCAGAAGUAUGGAGACGUGUUGAACAUUUUAAUCUCCAGUAAGAAGAACGGCAGCGCUGUCAUUGAGUUUGCCACAGUUAAAUCGGCUGAUCUGGCGUUCAGAAAUGAGAGCGGUCUGACUGGAAAUCCUCUGAAGAUCACAUGGCUGGAGGGUCAACCUGACCCAGCAUCACAUCUUAACACACCAUCAGAUGUUUUCUCCUCCUCACAGGGUCCUUUACGCAAUGAGCGUGAUUAUGAGAGCGUGGUCCUGAUGAGACUGAGACAGGCUGAAGAGAGAAAGAGAUUGAUAGAAGAGAUGAAGAGAGAGGAUGAGGAGACGGUGUGACCAUAAACACAUCUUUUUACAUUUAACAUCCACAGAUCAAUAAAACUUUUUUGUCUUAAUUUUUAA